GCUUGUCUGAACCAUAAUUGAAUUUUAGUUUUACGAAACUCAAUUCAUCAACAUGAAAUGGUGAAAUAAUCUUGCAAACUGGGCCGGGAGUACACACCAACAUGCAGCUGCAGAAGGACUUCAUAUGCGUAGUGAUCCUAACAUGUGCAAUCUUUGGUAUAAAAAUGCUCUUGGACGACCUCCAAAUCAGUUCGACACAUGGACGCCGCAAGGACACGCUGCUUAACGGCGACGACCCCCAGCAAGACUUUCACCGCCUGGACAACGUCCCGAAGGGAGAAAUACCGUACGGGAGCGACAUUCGAGCGGAGCUGGUCGAGGCUGACGAGCGGGACAAUUCGUCGCCAGAGCUCAGCACGCUGAUCGCGACGCGUGCCAACACCAGCAAACUACGCGACAAAUGCCCCCAUCAAACUGGCUUUCAAAAUGUGGACGAUGCUAAAGCAGUUCAAGCGGAGCCUGUUCUUAAAAACGACAGCGUACCAAUUAAGGAAGAUGCUAAAAACGACAGCAUACCAAUUAAGGAAGAUGCAGGAGGACCACGCCUGAGAUCUUCCGUCAAGCAUAACUUCAGAAAUUUGUCUAAGGCAUUUUACAGACUCGCUCCAGACAUCUUCGAUGGAGUGCCCGAGCGAUUUCUUCACGAGUUUAAGAACCCGUGCUGGAGGGCACCGUCCCCGCUGGCCGCGGGAGGUAGACGCGUCAGUGCAGGUGCGGCAGCCACCACCACCCUUCGGUGCAUGCCGUACUUCUUUCUCGCCGGAAUGCCCAAAUCUGGAACGACCGACCUCCACGCCAAGUUACACGGUCACCCGCAGGUGAUCCAGACGACGGUGAAGGAGCCACAUUGGUGGACGCGGCAUCGCUUUCAUGGAGUGAGCUUACAGCGUUACCUUGAAAGGCAGUCGAUUAACAUUGCAUCACGGCUUGUACAUGGCGCAGAUCCAAACAUUGUCAUAGGAGACUCGUCGGCUUCAACGUUUUGGGACAACACGCAAUGGCAUAAGUUCUCCGAGGACAUCAGCCCACCGAACAUAUUGUCUGAAAUAAUAAGAACGAUCCUGCCAGCUACAAGGAUCAUUGUCAUAUUCAGAGACCCCGUCGAUCGGUUGUACUCUGACUUCAACUACUUCAACCACCACAACUACGACAAAGGCCCGUCGAUUUUUCAUGAUCUGGUCGUGAAGUUCAUCGCCGAGUUCCAAUCUUGCCUCGGGAAAAAAGCCACGGAUUAUCGCGACUGCACGUACCUUCUACAAAACAAAACUCAGACAAGGAUGAGCCUCGGCAUGUACUCAGUUUACCUCCGUGAUUGGCUGAAAGUUUUCCCACGUGACCAGAUCAGGGUUCUCCGAUUGGAGGAUUGGCAUGCAAACUGCACGAGCAUACUGCCGGAGCUGUACAAUUUUCUGCAAUUAAAGACUCUGGACACGGCGAAGAUAUCGGAGAUAUGCGACCGGCGCUCGUCCAACGUCAACCGUGCACCAACCAAGUCGAUGCGUCCAGACACCAGACAGAUAUUGACCGACUUUUAUCGGCCCUCAAAAGUGGAUUUGGCAGAACUAUUAGGAGAUGAUAAAUAUCUUUGGAUCGAUGAGAAAUGACGAGGGUUAUGUGAUUUUUUUUCUGAAACCUAUAAAGCAUUGGAUACAUUUUUUUUCUCAUCAAUAUAGUUGGGAAAUAUUUAUGAUGAUGAUCAUUUGAUAAUGUUUAAACACCAUGCGUAAUAAACUUAAAAAAAACACCGUGCAAUACAUUUCUCAGAGCGUGACACACGACACCGACAAGCGAUAUCAAAAUAUGUUUUUAAUAACGACUUUAAAACUUUCACAAUGCAUUAUUCACAUGUGAUCGAUAUGAUUGCAUUACUAAAAACCUCUUUAGGCUAAGGGUCCAUACAAUGCAAUUUUUUUUAAAUGGAAUCGUUGGAAAUACACCUUUGUGAUCCAUCAAACAUUAUGUCCAUUUUAAUGAGCAAAAGUGUGAUGUCAUUUCAGGCAGAAACCUUAAUGUAGAUCUAUUUCAGUGCCAAAAGUUACCAGAAUUUUGGACAUUUCGC